AUGGUCAGAGCAACAUCCAUAAUCAGAAAUGCAUCAAAUGCAGGAAAACCAAAACCUAUGAGCGCGGAUCACACUUUAUAUCAUGCUAUGCCAACUGGUUUCUGGAAGAAAUUUCUAAAUCCUGAAAUCUCAUCUGGUCUUCCCAUCCCUACCGAACAUAGAUAUCCUCAACCUGGUUCAAGGACCGAAAGAUACGCUACUCCAUCUACUAAAGCUAGUGACCCCGCAUUCAACCCUUAUUGGAAACGAGAUGUAAGAAGAGCAUAUCCUCAAACAUCGACUAUUACACAAAAUGAAUUAUCAGCGUUAUUACUUGCCUCACCAACAUUACAAUCUAUACCCUCACCUUCCACAUCGACAGAAACCAGAUCUGAUUCAAGUGCGAUUUCACCUUCGUCCGAUUCAUCUUCUCAAUCGGAAUCAAUCGUGACUUCAUCUGUACCAUCACUUUCUUCAGUAUUGGAACAAUUACCACAAGGAAAAGCAUAUACUGGAAGUGGAAUCAAAACUGGUUCAGGGUCAGGUUCAGGUCUACCUCCUACUCCGCCAGGUCAAAAAUGGGUACCUAAGAAAGGAGAGGAAAUCCCUCACGAUGAACAUGCUUAUUUCCCCAUGAUCAAUUUCAACUAG